GAAGCACGUUUCUGCUUCCCCGAGCGCUCCAGAAGCAUGGCGACCCCCGUGGAGCAGCCUCCCCAGCCUGGCGGGAAGCGCAAAGGCAAAGCCCAGUACGUGCAGGCUAAGCGGGCGCGGCGCUGCGAGGGAGGCGGGCCUCGGCAGCUGGAGCCCGGGCUCCAGGGCAUUCUUAUCACCUGCAACAUGAACGAGCGCAAGUGCGUGGAGGAGGCCUACAGCCUGCUGAACGAGUACGGCGACGACAUGUACGGCCCCGAAAAGUUUAUAGACAAAGACCAGCAGCCUUCAGCAAGUGAGGGAGAAGAUGACGACGAUGUGGAGGCAGCUUUGAAGAAAGAAGUUGGUGACAUUAAGGCAUCUACAAAAAUGAGGCUAAGAAGAUUUCAGUCAGUGGAAAGUGGAGCAAAUAAUGUUGUUUUUAUCAGGACCCUUGGGAUAGAGCCUGAGAAACUGGUGCAUCAUAUCCUCCAGGACAUACACAAAACCAAGAAGAAGAAGACUCGGGUCAUUCUGCGAAUGUUGCCCAUCUCAGGCACAUGCAAGGCUUUCUUAGAAGACAUGAAAAAAUAUGCUGAAACAUUUUUGGAACCCUGGUUCAAAGCUCCAAACAAAGGGACUUUUCAGAUUGUAUACAAGUCUCGAAAUAAUAGUCAUAUGAGUAGAGAAGAAGUUAUCAAAGAGUUGGCAGGAAUAGUAGGCAGCCUCAAUUCAGAAAAUAAAGUGGAUCUUACCAAUCCACAAUACACAGUGGUAGUAGAAAUCAUUAAAGCUGUCUGUUGCCUGAGUGUUUUGAAAGAUUACAUGUUAUUCAGAAAGUACAAUCUCCAGGAGGUAGUAAAGAGUGGUAAGGAACCAUCACAGCUUAAUUCAAAGCAGACGGUGCAAGCAGGAAAUGGGAAUGAAGCAGAAUUGGAAUCUGGUGACAAAUCAAGUCAGAGUGACUCAGCAGAUGGAAAAAAGAGCCAGCAGAUGACAACAGAGAAUACGACAAAAUCAGUGUCUGAGACCACUGUGGCAAAUAAACCUGAACUUGUAACUCAAGCUACAGAAGAUGAAAAGGACCCCAAGUGAGAAAAAAAAAAAUGUGUAGUUGGGAGGGAGGUUUCCCAACAGUUCUAUGAGAUGUUGCUGGAGUUCUCUAUAAAUACUGUUACUGAAAAUAAUUGUUUUUGAACUUAGUUUGCUGCAUAUGCAGUACUCACAAAAGGUGAACCAUGAAUAAGCAGUCCUGUUAACAGUUUUUUUUUGAGAUCUUUCAGCCCUGAUUAACAGCAUGCAGUUGGCCCUUUAGCUAGGGAAAACUAAUUGGUGACCACUUGAGAAAAAAAAACAAAACAAAAAAACAAACAAAAAAAAACCCCUCUGAAUUAGAAACUUGAGAGGCAAAUUUUUAUUCUAAGGAAGGAAUUUAGGGUGGGGCAGUUUACACCCGGUGAUUCUCAGAGGUUGCUCCUGCCUCUGCACUCAGGGAUUGUUCCUGGUGUGCUUGGGAGACCAUGUGGGUUGCUAGGGAGUGAACCCAGGUUGAUUGUGUGCAAUGCAAGUCCCCUACCCACUGUAGUAUUGUUCCAACCCCAGUAAUUUUUGUUUUUAAGGACAAAUUUUUACUUACCA